GGACUCCUUGCCAGCUCUUCCAUCUCCCUCUCCCCCCCAUAUUUUCUUCAACUCUCUCUCUUAGGUUUGGGUUUUCGGAAAAUCUUUUGAUCAAUCAGAUGUCGUCCGACGGCGCAGCGCAGAAGAUGAUCGUUCUAAAGAGCUCCGACGGCGAGACAUUCGAGGUGGAGGAGGCGGUUGCUCCAGAGUCGCAGACUAUAAAGCAUAUGAUUGAGGAUAAUUGCGCUGACACCAGCAUCCCGCUCCCUAACGUUACUUCGAAGAUCUUGGCGAAGGUGAUCGAGUACUGUAAACGCCACGUCGACGCCGCCGCAAAGGCCUCCGCCGAUGCCACGGCGUCCGACAAAGUCGCCGAAGACGAUUUGAAGGCGUUCGAUGCCGAGUUCGUGAAGGUUGAUCAAGGCACGCUGUUUGACCUGAUUUUGGCUGCAAACUACCUAAACAUCAAGAGCCUCCUUGACCUCACAUGCCAAACUGUAGCAGACAUGAUCAAGGGGAAGACACCAGAGGAAAUUCGCAAGACUUUCAACAUAAAGAAUGACUUCACACCAGAGGAGGAAGAGGAGGUACGCAGGGAGAAUGCAUGGGCAUUUGAGUGAUACCUACUUGAUGGCUCGUAUGCUGAUAGUCAUGCAGUGUUCCUAAUAGUGUCUUUGGACAGAGUGUCAAUAGUAAAUAUGUGUUCAUCGUGUUCUGCUGAAGACAUUUGCAUGUUUACCUCUGAUUCACCAAAUUGGAACCUUAUUUAGUCGUUGUGACGAAAGUUUACUGAAGGUUCUUUUGGAUGGUUAAUGUUAAUUGUGAUGUCGUCUAUUGUUUGGCAGCUCUGUUUAUUUCUUCUUCCAUUUAGAUGGAAUCAGUGAAUGGUGAUGGUGUGCCUCUUUUUAUGGCGUUCUUCUU